AUGGCUAAUAAACCCCAACCGAUUGCUGUUAAGACUCCUGUCGACAGUCAGGAGGAAUACGAGCAAAAAAACGUUCACGAAGUUUACGAACAAAUAGCGACUCAUUUCAGUGAUACCCGUUAUAAGCCGUGGCCAAUAGUAGAGCAGUUUCUGCUAGAAUUACCUACAGGGAGUUUGGGUGCUGAUGUUGGUUGUGGAAAUGGUAAAUAUAUUGGCGUCAAUAAAAGUAUUAUGAUACUCGGAUCAGAUCGAAGCUCAAAUCUUAUCAAGAUAGUGCGUGAUCGUGGUUUUGAAGGCAUGGUAGCCGACGGUCUCAACUUACCCUACAGAGAUGAAGCCUUUGAUUUUGUUAUAUCCAUAGCUGUUAUCCAUCACUUUGCUAGCCCGGAAAGACGGUUACAAGCCAUAAAAGACUUAUUUAAAAUAGUCAAACCCGGCGGUCGAGUAUUAGUGUUUGUGUGGGCAUUAGAACAAACGAAAUUCAGUAAAAGAAAUUUCCAACCUGGUCAGCAGGAUGUGUUUGUACCUUGGAAAAUGACACAUCAACAAUCAUUGCAACUGCAAAAUUCGACAGCGGAAACAGCGAAAACAGACAAAGUCUACCAUCGAUAUUAUCAUCUCUUUAAGAAAGGUGAAUUGGAUGAUUUAUUUAAACAAGUUGAUGGUGUAGAAAUAGAAACAACCGGUUACGACAGGGACAAUCACUAUGUGAUUGGAUACAAAAGAAAAUGA